CGCGACUGCGGGGGGCGCACGACCAGGGCGCAGGGCCUUGGGGCGCGGCCCAUGGAGCCGGGGCUGCUGCGGCCGGCGCCAGUGAGCGAGGUCAUCGUCCUGCAUUACAACUACACCGGCAAGCUCCGUGGCGCGCGCUACCAGCCCGGCGCGGGACUGCGCGCCGACGCCGUCGUGUGCCUGGCGGUGUGCGCGCUCAUCGUGCUCGAGAACUUGGCCGUGCUGUUCGUGAUCGGGCGCCACCCGCGUUUCCACGCGCCCAUGUUCCUGCUCCUGGGCAGCCUCACGCUGUCGGAUCUGCUGGCCGGCGCCGCCUACGCCGCCAACAUCCUGCUGUCGGGGCCACUCACCCUGCGACUGUCGCCCGCGCUCUGGUUCGCGCGUGAAGGCGGCGUCUUCGUAACGCUCGCCGCGUCCGUCCUGAGCCUCCUGGCCAUCGCGCUCGAGCGCAGCCUCACCAUGGCGCGCCGGGGACCCGCGCCCGCCGCCAGUCGGCGGCGCACGCUGGCGCUGGCGGCCGCCGCCUGGGGCGUGUCGCUGCUGCUCGGGCUACUGCCCGCGAUGGGCUGGAAUUGUCUGGGUCGCCUGGACGCCUGCUCCACUGUCCUGCCGCUCUACGCCAAGGCCUACGUGCUCUUCUGCGUGCUGGCAUUCGUGGGCAUCCUGGCCACCAUCUGCGUGCUCUACGCACACAUCUACUGCCAGGUGCGAGCCAACGCGCGGCGCCUGCGGGCGCGGCCCGGGGCUGGCGGAGGCACCUCGACCCGCGCGCGCCGCACGCCGCGCUCGCAGGCGCUGGUGCGCACGCUCAGCGUGGUGCUCCUGGCCUUCGUGGCCUGUUGGGGCCCUCUCUUCCUGCUGCUGUUGCUCGACGUGGCAUGCCCCGUUCGCGCCUGUCCUGUGCUCUUGCAGGCCGACCCCUUCCUGGGACUGGCCAUGGCCAACUCGCUUCUGAACCCCAUCAUCUACACGUUCACCAAUAGCGAUCUGAGCCAUGCGCUCCUGCGACUCGUCUGCUGCGGCCGCCGCUCCUGCGGCCGAGGACCAGGGGGCUCCCCAAGGUCCGGGAGCGCGGCUGAGGUUUCCAGAGGCCCGUGCAGGUGCUUGCCCCUGGGCCUGGACGGCAGCACCAGCCGCUCGGAGCGCUCGUCGCCCCAGCGGGACGGGCUGGAUACCAGCGGCUCCGCGGGCAGUCCCGGCGCGCCCCCGGCCACAGACUGA